AUGGCGCUUCCUAGCCUCACCAUCCGGCUUACUAGGGACUCUGAUGCCCAGGGAGUUGCCCUAGUUCUACCUUACUGUGGGCAGAACUACUGGGAUUUGAAAUGCCAGUGUGUCCAGCAGAGAUGCCUCUUCACCGACCCUUUCUUUAAAGCCUGUCCUGAGUCAAUUGGAUACAGUGAGUUGGGGCCUGGCUCAGUGGCCACCCAGAAGCUGAUUUGGAAGAGGCCAAAGGAAAUCUGCAGAUACCCCAAGUUUAUCUGUGAAGGAAUGAGCCAGACAGAUGUCUGCCAAGGACAGCUGGGUGACUGCUGGUUCCUGGCUGCAGCUGCAUCCCUCACCUUAUAUCCACAGCAGCUGAGAAGGGUGGUUCCUCAGGAUCAAAGUUUUGACAGUGAGGAUUAUGUCGGCAUCUUCCAUUUCCAGUUCUGGCAGUACGGGCAGUGGGUGGACGUGGUGGUGGAUGACUUGCUUCCCACAGUGGAUGGAGAGCUGCUUUUCGUGAGCUCUGCAGAAAAGCAUGAGUUCUGGAUGCCUUUACUGGAGAAAGCCUAUGCCAAACUGAAUGGCUCCUAUGAGGCUAUGAAUGGCGGGUACAUGAACGAGGCCUUUGUGGACUUCACUGGUGGAAUCGGGGAAGCUAUCCAUCUGAAGACACCUAACCCAACGCUCUUCAGAACCAUUAAGGAAGCCCUGAGCAAGCGCUCUAUGAUGGGGGCGCAUAUCCAGGUUAAAGGCCUUCAGGAGAGGGAAGCAAAUACCCCCGAGGGGCUGGUGAAGGGGCACGCAUACAGCAUCAUGGCCGUCCACAAGCUUGACAUGGAAGGCAAGAAGGUGAAGCUGAUCCGGCUACGGAACCCCUGGGGCAAGGUGGAGUGGCAAGGGCGCUGGAGUGACCAUUCACCACUGUGGUUGUAUCUUGAUCCUGCACUCCAGAACAAACUGCGUGUGAGCAAGGAAGAUGGAGAGUUUUGGAUGCAGCUGGUUGAUUUUGUCCGUCACUUUGAUAUCCUGGAAAUCUGCCAUUUGAGUGCUGAUGCACUGCUGGAGGAGGAGGCUCCCUUGUGUUGGAACAUCAGCUGCUUCCAAGGAUGCUGGGUCAGAGGUUACACAGCUGGGGGACACCAGUCCUUCAACCCUUGGGGUACCUUCUGGAUGAACCCCCAAUAUCACGUUUUACUGCGGGAACCAGAUGAGGCCGAAUUGAAGAGGCAAAAGAAAAAGGAGCAUCAAGGCCAAGAUCCUACCUGCACCCUUCUUGUCUCCCUGAUGCAGAAGGAACGGCGCAGGAUCAGACAGAGAGGGAAGGACUUCCUGCUCAUCUGUUUUGACAUCUUCCAGGUUCCCAGGCAGUAUCUACAGGUGAAGAGCACAGCCCAAAGGAAGGCACUGCUCCCCAGUCUCAGAGCCGUCUACCGCCCUUUCUUUGGGUAUUCAAGGGAUAUCACAGGACACCUUCAGCUGCCACCUGGGGAUUACCUGAUCAUCCCUAGCACCCAAAACCCACUGGAGGAAGCCGAUUUCACCCUUCGCAUCUUCACUGAAAAGGCUCAUCAGUUCUUGGAGAUUGAUGAUGAAAUCACUGCCGAUGAGAAGGUACUGCAGGUUAUAGUACCGCCGAAGACCGGACUAGACCAAACACUUGAAAAAACAUUCCUAGAGGAGACAGGACAGGAUCAGCACAUAGGCUCUGCAGGACUCCAGCACCUUCUAAACAAGGCUAUGGCCAGCAUGAGUCAUCUGAAGACUGAUGGCUUUUCUUUGAAGGCCUGCCAGAAAAUCACCCAAGAUUUCAGUAAAAAUGGAACAGGCAGGCUGGCGCUGGCUGAAUUUAUGCAACUCUGGACUCAGAUAAAGAAAUGGGAGGGUCUCUUCAUUGCAUAUGACACAGACAGGUCUGGCACCAUGAACUUCAACGAAAUGCGGCUGGCUCUGGAUGCAGCAGGGUUCCACUUGAACAACCAGACAACUGUCGCCCUUGUGCAAAUAUACGGCAACCCCUGGCUUCAGACAGACUUUGACGAUUUUGUUUCCCUCAUGGUGCAUCUGGAAGCCAUCUUUCAGCGGUGCAAAAGCCAAGACUCAAACAGCGAUGGACAGAUCUAUAUGACUCAAAAGGAGCACCUGCUAAAGACAAGGGUGCCGCAAAGGGAGCUGAGUCAAAGCAGAGGCUGCAACUGUGGCAAUCUCUGGUUUUGGAAGCUGCAGGGUGGCUUGAAGGGCAUCGAAUCUCUCUGUCCCCAAGAAGCUUGUGACUGGAAGUUUAAUACUGGAGAGGAAGCAUGA